UCGAUUAAACGUUGACCAAGUGACAAAAUGUUAGCUGUACGCUCCGUAUUUGUAUUGCUAGUAACGCUGGCGGUGUCCGCUCGCGGAGCCAAUAUUUUGGGACUAUUCAGCAGUCACAGUCCGUCGCAUUUGAUAGUGCACAUGUCGGUGGCCAAGGCGCUAGCCGAGGCGGGUCACAAUGUCACCGUGGUGGCCAUGCAGCAGCCCAAAGUCAUGCACAAGAAUAUCCACCUGAUAGUGGUGCCGGUGAAGGAGGAGCAGGAGCGAGUACUGGAGGACCAGCUGGCCACAAUGGCGGGCCAGAAGAACUCCGUGCUGAGCACUCUGAAUCGCCUGAUGAACGGCAUGACUGUGAUGAUCGACGCGCAGGCAGAUCUGCUCUCGGAUCCUCGAUUCCAGCGCAUCUACGAAACGAAGUUCGACCUGAUGAUAAUGGGAUAUUUCAUCAACGAUUUCCAGUUGGGUGUGGCUGCCAAGCUGAAUGUGCCCGUCAUCAUUGACUGGAUGAAUGCGCCCAUACCCAUCAUAGACGACUUCACUGGCAAUCCCACAGAGGUGGCAUAUGUGCCCAACCAUGCCACAUUUGCAACGCAUCCCAUGGGCCUGGUUAAGAGAGCCGAGAACCUGGCCAAGUAUCUGUUCAUCAGGUACAUGGCCACUGUGCUGGAUAUCCGAGUGUCACGUCACUUUAGGGACAACUUUGGCGAGGAGAAGGGUCUUCGCAGCCUGAGCGAGAUGAGGAAAAAUAUCUCCCUGGCGUUUGUCAAUUGCCAUCUGAUCAGCGAGGGUCCCAUCAGGCCCCUGGUGCCUGCCAUCGUUGAAAUUGGAGGCAUUCAGGUUAAGGACACGCCGGAUCCACUGCCCAAGGAUAUUCAACAGUUCCUGGAUAAGUCUAAGGAUGGAGCCAUUCUCCUCUCUCUGGGCUCGAACGUAAAGAGCACGGCCGUGAAACCUGAAGUGGUGCAGGUGAUCUACAAAGCCUUGUCGGGCAUCAAACGUAAUGUGAUUUGGAAGUGGGAGGACCUGGAAAAUACUCCCGGCAAUGCCUCAAACAUACUGUACAAGAAGUGGCUGCCACAGGACGAUAUCCUCGCACACCCCAACACGAAGCUUUUCAUCACCCAUGCCGGCAAGGGCGGCAUCACCGAGGCGCAGUAUCAUGGUGUUCCCAUGGUGGCCCUGCCCAUCUUUGGCGAUCAACUGGGCAAUGCCGAUCUGAUGCAAAACUCCGGCUAUGGUCUAGCCCUCGAUCUGCAGAGCAUCACUGAGGAAAGCCUCACGGCAGCCCUCAAGGAGGUUCUGGAGAAUGAUAAAUACAGGAAGACCAUCAGCUCGUUCACUUCGCUGUACCGGGACCGUCCAAUGACCGCCAGACAAACGGUUGUCUACUGGACUGAGUACGUUCUCCGGCAUAGAGGUGCGCCUCACCUGCAGAGCCCGUCCGUUCAUAUGAGCUUCGUGGAGCUCCAUAAUCUGGAUCUGUAUGCUCUGCUGAUAUCGGUUCUGGCCAUCCUUGUUUUCCUGACUCAGUUGACGUUGCGUUUUGCCUGGAAGAAACUGAUGGGCAAGUCGAAGAGUAACCCAAAGACUGCAAAUAAACAGAAGAAGCACUGAAUAAAAGUACUAUAAAUAAUUAAGUAAUGUAACAACAGAAAGACCUCAU